AUGAAGCCUGCUCAACAGAAGGAACAGCAAGUACCGCAUGAUGUGCCCAGCUUGCCAUGGUUUAAACUUGGAGUUGAAAUGUUUGAGUAUCAUUCUCACUACUACCUACUGGUUGCCAACUACUUCAGCGAGUUCCCCUUUGUUAAGAAACUGACUGAUCAGAUGGUGGGACCCAGGAUAAGUCUUCUCAAGAUGAUAUUUUCAGAACAUGGGAUACCAGCAACGGUGUACACAGAUAUGGGAACCCAGUUUGUGUCCCAAGAAUUCAAAUUUGCCAUGCAGUACAGAUUUGAAGUGCAACACUCUAACCUGAGGUAUCCUCAGUCGAAUGGUUUCAUUGAGGUUAUGGUCAGAGGUGUAAAGGGCAUAAUGGAGAAGGCCAAAGAGUCGGGUUUGGAUCCACAUUUUGCAAUGCUGAUUUAUUGUGCAACCCCAAUCAGACCAGGUCACCUUAGCCCGGGAGAGAUGCUUUCCCAGCGGAAAUAUAGAGCACUCCUUCCUAUCCAUCAAUAUCUGCAUCCCACUUCUGACACCAUGCUUCCUCACAUUCUUUCUGAUUCCAGCAUGAAGAAAUAUUCUCACAAGACAACUUUUGAUGAGCAAAGUUUAUUCAGCGUCCAUCAAUAA